AUGGAUUCAUCGAGGGCUGAUUUCGGCAACCGGUUGCUUGCUUCAGGGGAGUGGCGCCGCCUUUCUUCAAUUGCUGCUGAUCUUGAUCCGUUGAUGCAAGGGACCCUUCAGAACUUUUUGGUUCGUCCGUUUGGAGCCUCGAUUUCGACGGAGACAGGGCUGCUGUCUAGGGCCUACGUCCUGAGGGCUGACGGGGAAACAUCAGGGCACAAGGUCCUGCUGAAAUUGCGACACGCCGACUGGCUGGCGCUUGAAGACUGCACCGGUGUUUUCAAGGUCCUCCAGUCAUUGGUCCAGAUGUCUCAGGAGGACUGUCUGUUGGAUUGCACCCAGGCACCUACCACGGUUAUCUGCACGGCUUCUCUUGAAACAGGCUCUUCGAUUAGCGUCGCUGAGGUCUUCUGUGGUGGUUUUUCAGGUUGGUCCCAGGCGGCUUACAUCAUGCACCGUAGCGGCACACCUAUACAUACCUCUUGGACGUUGGAUGUGGACCCUGAAUGCGAGGAUAUGCUCCGCACUCAGAACCCGGGAAUGCGUUCAGUUUGGCAUGGUUCGGAACUUGAGGACAUUCUUUCAGAUACGCCUGAACUGGUACAUGUCAAUUCCAAUAUUCAGCAUGACUGGUGGUUGCGCAUUUUCGCCAUACGCCCCGUCCAUAUCACGACAAUUUCGCCGCCGUGCCAGCCGUGGAGUCUGGCCGGGCAGGGCGCAGGCCUUGCCUCCGAUGAUGGUAUGCUAAUGUUGCGUGCAGCAGAUAUCCUUGGGGCGAUUGAGGUGCCUGUUGUAGUGCUUGAGCAGGUUGGAGGUUUUCUGAGGCACCCACAUGCCGCCACAGUGCUCUCGGCAUGGACGCAGGUUGGCUAUUCCGUCGUAUGGCAGGCCACUAUAGAUUUGAUAGACGUGCUGCCUAGCUCCCGGCCUCGGACGCUUAUUGUGUUUCGGCAUCAAUCCUGUUUGGGCCCAGCUGCGCUUCCCAGUCACCACUGGGCCAGCACAAGACGACACAACCUUGCCACUGCUCAGGUCCUGUUUGAUUUGCCGGAGAGCCUUCUACGGCCCCUUGUGCUCCCGCAGGAUCUUGUGACGACCUACAUGGACCCGUGGUUUAUGCCACCUUCUCGGCUAGGUCAGGUUUCUCAGAGUCGGGUUGAGGCCUUCCGCAUUCGCACAGCGGCCGCUACUGCAGGCUGCUUUAUGGCACAGUACCAGUUCCAGCAUGAGCUUCCCCCGAACCAGUUGUCUUCCAAAGGUCUUUUGGGGUUCCUUCUUCGACACCAAGGGGUGCUGCGCUUCUUCUCCGGUGCAGAAAUAGCGGCUCUGCAUGGCGCCGUUCGCCCGGUGCUGCUCCAGGAGGACCGCCGCUGCCAGAUGCGACUGCUGGGCAACAGCCUGGCAGUGCCACAGGCCGCCGCUGGCCUUGCAUAUGCUUGCCUCGCAUUGGGUUGUAAGGCCUCCCCUGACCCCGCUGCGGCUGUCGCGAGCUGUUUGUCUGAGCGCAUGCAUAAUGCUAAUGCUUUCUUCAUCCCGAAGGGCCCUCACUGGAUCCUCUGCCGCAAAGAUCAGGUUCAUGGCCUUCUGGUUUCAGGGGUUAUGAAGCCCUUGCCUGCUCCCAGUGCUUCGGCUCCACUGGACUUUGUGCCGGUUACCUUUCAGCACAGACAGGCUAAUAUCACAGUGUAUGCGCCUGCCGGCGCACCCGCUCUCCGGGUCUUCUCGCACCUCGGCCUUGCGCAUGUUGCACCGACGCUGCCGGUUGACGCCCAUGACCGUCUCCCUGCCCUGAGGCUCAGUCUCGAUGCACCCCCCAGUCUGGGCUGUACUGGGUUCGAUGGGGGUAAUGCUGGAGCUGCCGGCCUUUGCACUGUGUUGGUUGAUAAGGGUGUGUUCGUCAUAGACACCUGGUCUCCUCGGAUGUGGACGCAGCUUCUCAAUGUCUUUGAUUUCCUCACUCCUGAUGCUGAGGACCUUUGCUGUUGGACCCCUUCUGGCCAAAGGCUUCGGUUUGCUGAUGACUUUGAGGGGUGUGUAGUGGCCAACACUUCCCCUCCCGAGGCCCCGCUCUUGCCACUGCAUCUUCUCGCCACGGCGGUGCCGGUGCUUCAGGCCAGCUUUCCACCUCAGGAGACUACCAUCACGUGCCCGGCUGGCCAUGCUGUUGACCUGUGGCUUGGUUUUCCUUUCCACCUUGCACAAGCGUUUGGGUGGGAGACUCAGGUUGAGAAUUUCCCGCCGGCCCGAGAGGCGCCAAUGUCCCUACGCCUUACACCGUGCCUCGCUAGAUUGCACCUUCAGCCAUCCACACUGCCCCGCCAGCUGCGCACCUGGUUUCUUGUCGCUUGUCUGGAGUCCGCCUCUACCGCUGCAACAGCUGAAGAUGCCAUUCCGGUUGAAAUCCAGGUUGAGGCAAGGCGCAUUUGGUGGGGCCAUCUCUCGGACCUUCUGCGGGCCGAGCAGCUUGAGUCUUGGUGGCAUGCAGCGUGCCAGGCAUGCCAACUCCCGCCAGCGGUGCGUGUCUUUUCCGGCCCACAUCCGGUUCAGGCACAAGACUCCCUGUUGGCUAUCCACUCCCGGCGCUCCCAACGUGUUCUCCGCAAAAGCGGCCGCCUCCUGUUGACUUUGCAGCCCAGUGUUGUUGGAGGCGGGUUCAAGGAUGAGCAAAAGCACUGGGCACAAACCAGGGCGGCUUCAGUCUGCCUUGCUCAAGGCCUCGACCUGCGCACCACCACUGCCUUUGUUGAUGAUGUCUCCAAGGAUGGCUCCGUCGCCAGGCGUAGCCAGGCCAUUAAAGCGCACAGUGAUGAUGCCAAGUGGGCCCAGCUGUCUGCCUAUGCGAAAGAACUCGGGGUGCCGGUGCCGCAGACCACCAGCCUGUUUCAGCGAGCCGACCAGCGGGCCAAGCGACAGCUCAACAAGCGCCGCGCACAGCAGGAUGAUUGCCCUAAAGCCUCAGCGGUUCAGGUCCAGAGCGGCUUCUUUGUCAAUGACGACGCCUCGCCCACCCCUAUCCUUGAUAGCAUCCGCCCAGGUGCCACAGGAUUGCUGUUAGUUGACGGGGAUCAGGCCGCGGAUGCGUUGACUACACUCCAAGGCGUCCAGCCCGACGAGCUCGGCAUUCUUGUCUUGGGCCACACUUGCCCGGACCCUGACAACUGUUCUGGCCGGCUCUCCUUCCCGGCAGUCGGCCGUGCCUGCGGUUCUCAGUUGCUCCUUGCAGGCUGUUUGCAUAAUGUAGGGGGCAAAGCCAUCCGCUCGUCUCAGCAAAGUGACAUCACUGUUGAGCUGCCGGACAUCCUGUGCUGCACUUUCACUGCUUUUUCUGAUGAGUUCUCCUCCGGCCAGUGGGAGCAACUUGUCCAGGCGCCUGUCAAGCACAUGCUAGCUGCCUUCCAGGAUGUUGCCGCCAGCAGGGCUAUAACCACCCCUUGGGGGCGACAGUACAGGUGCAAAGGUAAGGUUGCGAGCCCAGGCGCAGCUGAUCAGGUCAGUUUUCAAGCUCGGGUGCCCAAAGGCGAGACCGACCCACUCCUGGUCGCGAGCGGUCACAACAAUGUCUACCUCACGCCCAGGAAGCUUGAUCACAGUCUGCUCUCAGGUUAUUCCAUCAUUUGGAUCGGCGGCCAGCGACAGGAGGCCGUUAAGGCUUCUUUGCAAAUCCCUGAGCAACGUGGCCUCGUUCGCUCUAAGGAUAGGUUCGGUUUGAGGGUGCCUGAUGCCCGCUAUGAGGCUGCGUUUGGUCUUAUCCGCCCCGGCCAGCCUGCACCCACACGUGUGGCAGUCCAGUGUCUUUUCAGGAUCGGCCCGGUGCCUAGCGGGGCUGAUGCUGCGGCGGUCUCUACUUGGGCCUCUAAGUUCAACUGGUGCAUCAAAGUGAUUCGUGCUUCCGGCCCCUGCCAUUGGCUUGUUGGAGCAGCCGAGCAACCACCGUCGGCUUGGCCUCUGUUCAACGGCCAAACUGUUCUUAUCAAGCCCGUCCAGCAGCGUGAGGUGCGUCAAGCUGUUGUGCAGUCUGGCAGCCUCAAACUCCAGCCGCCCACUGCGCCGUCGGCUCCCCCCAAGGACAACAGGUCUGCUGAAGACCCCUGGCUGUUCAGUGAUCCGUGGAGUAACUCCCGUUCUUCUGUUUCGGCCCACGGCAGCCGCGAUAGCACCAAGCCUUUCGCUUCUGGCGCGCCAGCGCCUGCUGCUCGCUCCGUUUCAGGCCCCACCGAGCAGCGCUUUCAGCAACAGGAUGCACGUAUCCAGGCCCUCGAGGAAGGCAUCCAGCACCUCAAGCUCCAGCAGGAGCAAAACCACAGCCAGCUUGUGCAGCAGCAAAACACUGACCGUCAAGCCGCUGCACAGGCAACUGCGGGUCUUCAGGAGCAGCUCAGCUCUGUCGGCACGGAGCUCACACGCCAGUUGCAGGCAUCUGCAGAGGACCAGCUCUCGCGUCCGUGUCUUUUGCACAGCGUCAGCAGGGUACAUGCCCUUUUUCUUGUUGGCCAUCCGUACCUCGGCCAGUUUGAUCACCUGCGUGGCCGCCGAAUUGGCGAAGCCCAGAAUCCUGGACCGGCCCGUCAGACCGACCUGCGGGACUACCUUCCUCGGCCGGCUGCCCAGUCCCUGCCGUUGCCAGGACCUGCCACUGAGCCUAGCUUCUCCUCGGCAGCAUCCGCUACUUCCUCUGGUUCCGAUGAUCCGUCAGAAAAACUGCCUCUGCGGGUUGCUGUCAUCAAUCCCACUGCCCUCCUCCACAAAGACCAGGAGAUCAUUAGCCUGCAGCAGGAUGUUGUGCUGGUGUCAGAAACUUCUGCUGUGGAGGACGCCCAGCGCAUUGUUGCACAUAAGUUGCGGCCUGCUGGAUUUUCUGCGGUGUGGAGUGCCCCUGUGGCCCCCCACCAGACACAGCGUGAGCACCAAACCACGCUCCGCGGUCAUGCUUCGGGAGUGGCCCUCCUUUCUCGCUUUCCGGCACGCAAAUCUUUCGUGCCACUUGAACCUCAGGUUGAAAGCUCAGCCCGGCUCCUCGAGAGCCAUGUCAGAAUCGGCCACUUUGAGAUCAGGUUCUUCGUUGUAUAUGGUUUUCCCGCCAACUACCAGGAUGCAGGUGGCCGCAAUGCAGCCCUGUUGCAGGAAGUGCUCCGCCGCUUGCUAGCCUGCCCUGCUCCAGCCAUUGUCGGCGGGGACUUCAACACAGACGUCACCAUGCUGCCGGAGUUCGAGAUGUUCCAGCAAAUUGGAUUUGUUGAAGCUUUCCAAUACUGGCAGACCAGGACGGGCUGCUUGCUGCCCCCGACCUGCAAACAAGCCACUCGCAAUGAUACUCUGUUGCUGUCUGGUUCCCUCCUUCCCUAUGUCCAGGGCAUGCGAGUCGCCGACGACCUGCGCUACUUCGAUUCUCAUGCUCCUUUCAUGACGGAGCUCCUUCUGCCUGUUGCGCCGCCCUGCAGACAGAGUUGGCGCAAGCCCACCACCUGGAUGCCCAUACUGCCAGCCAGUGUCGACCUUGCCCCGAUUUAUGCCUCUUACCACGACCAGGUACAGGCAGCCAUCCAAUCCAGUCGCACUGUUGAUCAACUUGAUGCAGCUUUUCGGACUUGGGCUGCUGCCGUAGAAGCUACUGUUGAUACAGCAAUCCAAACGGCUCACACCGCUGACCCGCUCAGCCAUCCUGCCAGGUCCCUGCCCAGAGCCGCUCGAGGCCGUUGUGCCUACCGCCCCCUGCGCAAGCGCCCCCUUCCUCGUUCGGCCCCUGCGGGUCGCUGUGGGGACUAUGCUCCUCCCUGCGAGGCUGUUUCCAUUGUUGCCAGAGCCAAGGUCAGGCAGGUCCGCCGUUUGUCUACUUUUGUGCAGGGCCUCACGAAGGCCGGGUCCCGCGAUGACAUUCCCACCGCGGUUCGGGCGCAGCUUUGCCAGGAGUGGGCUGCUAUCACUAGGGGCAGGGGAUACAAGCCCACCUUCGCGACGUGGCUGCUGCAGUGCCCACACUUUCCUGUUUACUGGUCCCAACUUCCACCGGUUGAGUGGGCUCGCGACGUCCUGCAAUAUGUCAAAUUCGAUGCUGACGCUCAUGUCCGAGCUGAGGCCGAACACCGGCGAAAGCUCGCCAGUUUUCAGGUGCACAUUGACUGUCAAACGGGUUGCUCCCGCCUUGGCUUCCGCUCUCUGCGGCCACACCCCAGGCCCCCGUUCCUGUGCAUCCCCUAUGAGGAAAAUCAGGCAGCCAAGCUGAUCCGCACUGUUGCGCCUGAUACGGGGCUCUAUUUUGUGCCUCAGCCGCGUUUUGUCCGCACCGGCCAGGCUGCCCUUUUGGAUGAUCUUCCUGUAUCCGUUGAGUCCGUAGAGACUACUGAGGAGGAAGGCCCCCUGCUCAGGAUUACGUGUUCUCCUGCAGUCCCCCCAGCGGCGGCACGUUUUGUCCAGGACAGUGCCGCGUGCACGGCCGCUGAGCUCAAUCGGGCUUUCAUUGAGUUCUGGGCACCCAUCUGGUGCCGUGACAUCGGCCCGGCCCGCGCUGACCCUGCCUACUGGUCCACCUUCCUGCACAGUCUGCCACCGGCUCCGCUACCAGCUCAGGACCUAGCGAUUGAUAUGCAGGAUGUUGGACUGUGGAGGAAACAGAUUCGCCGUCUUAAAAACGGCAGGGCCACUGGUUACUGUGGCUUUAGCCCAGCGGAACUCAAAACCCUCCCCGAGGCUGCAGUCAGCCACCUUGCCCAGCUGUUUGCCAGCUGCCGAGACUGUGGCUUUCCUAGCCACCUCGCCCAGGCUACUGUUCAUGUCCUUGCCAAGGUUGAUGCGCCGCAGAACAUUGGGCAAGGCCGGCCCAUCACGGUUUAUGCUACGAUUUACCGACUGUGGUCCAGUGUUGCGGCCCGUGCCAUACUCCAGCAAUGGGCUACUUGGCUCCCAGAUUCUGUGCGGGGUUGCGUGCCCGGGCGGGGAGCCAGGGACAUCUCGCUUGUGAUCCAGGUCCUCGUCGAGGAGGCCCUCCAGUCGGGCCGCCCUUUAGGUGGCUUCUCUCUGGACAUUGUCAAGUGUUUCAACCAGCUGCCGCGCUUGCCACUCCGCCAGCUGUUGCUGCACUUGCACGUACCACUUGACGUCGUUGAGAUCUGGUUUCAGUUUCUCGAGUGUAACAAGCGAUUUGCGCUCUUCCACGGUGAGCUCGGCAGCCCGGUUGCCAGCACCACUGGUGCGCCGGAGGGUGAUCCCCUGUCGGUUGUCGGCCAAAUUGCGGUCUGUUGGGCCCUCGUUACCAGCACACAUCGGGAGAACACUCUGCCGUGGGUCUAUGUUGACAACCUGUCGUGGCUUGCUGCUGAGGCUCAGCUGCUUGGUGAUAUGCUCCGCAGGGCAGCCGACUUCUGCCACAGCCUCCAAUUGCCCAUCGACUGGAAGAAGUCCUUCGCCUGGGGCACGACACCAGCUCUUCGAGCCUUUUGGGCGCGGCAACCACUGCCCCGAUGCUCCGAAACCAGCCAUCUCCAACUUGUCACUGAGGCAAAGGAUCUUGGGGUUGCUUUUCGGUUUAAUCGUGUUGGCGGUUUGGGCAAAGCAGCUGCUCGUCUCUCUGAGGGGCUUCAGCGCUUGAAGCGCCUCCAGCGGCAGCACCGGCCCCUGCAAAAUGCUGCCCACCUUGUCCAGACAGGUGUUUGGCCUGCGGCGUUUUACGGCUUGGAGGGUCAUCAUGUGCCGGAGGCCAAGGUCGACCAGCUUCGUUCCGCGGCAGCCCGAGCCAUCUGUGGUGACAACCACAGUAUGUCGCCGCAUCUUGCGAUGGUAUGCAUCACUGACCAAGUGCUUGACCCAGCUGUCUACCUCCUGGUGCAGGCCCUGUGUGCCUUGAGACGCCUGCUGCGUACAAUCCCUGAAUACGGGCGCCGAUGGCUGCAAGCUGCCUGCGCUGCUUUCCCCAAUUCUGGACGCGCACAUGGCCCUGCUGGGGCCCUUGCAAAGCAGCUGCAUGCACAAGGCUGGGUACUGCAUCCCGAGGGGCGUCUGAAAGGCGUCGGUCAUUGGCAUCUCAGCUUGUUUACCAGCACGCCCAAGCAAAUCCGCCUUGCGUGCCAAUCUGCCUGGAAUGAGACGCUGGGUGACCGUGUCGGCCACCGCAAUGGACUACACCAGGCUGAUUGCCCAUGCCCCCGCAUCAUGCGAAGAGUGCUUGCUAAGUUCCCGCAGGGAGCCCAACUUCACCUCGUGCGCAAUGUUGUUGGCGGUUACAUGUCCCGUGCAGCCCGUGCCACCUUUGAUCCGUUGGUGGAGAAGGUUUGCCCUCACUGUGGCGACGUUGACACUAAGGCUCACCGGUUGCUGCUGUGUCCAGCAAUGACCGAGGUGCGACAGCCGUUCCAGGCUUUGCUGGAGUGGAUUCGUGAGAGUGCCCCGCACUGGCUUCAUGCACCUUACCCGGUCCCGCAUCCUGAGGAAGGUUUUCUCCGAUUACUCUGGAACAGCCGCCGGCUCCCUCCGCUACCAAGGGUUGACCAAUUGCUUGACCAGCAGCCCAGCCGGGAGCAUCAUGUUUUUACUGAUGGCUCGUGUAUACACCCCGCUUCCCCAGCGGCACGCCACGCGGCCUGGAGCGCGGUCCUACACAAUCAGUGCCUACCGGUACCUGACUGGCGCCUUGUACGAGACAAGCCAGAAAUGCUCAGAGCGGCUUUUCCCGUCGUUGCCCAGGGCCUUCUGCCCGGCGAGCAAAGCAUCUAUCGUGCUGAGGUCGCAGCUUUAAUGCAGGUUGUUCGCCUCGCCUCACAGCAGGCUGGCCAUACUUUCCACGUGUGGGUCGACUCCAGCAGUGCGCAACAAACUGUGCAGCAAUGGCUGGAUUCCUCCGAGGAUGCGCCCGCCCCCUUGAGUACUGCUGGCGAUCUCCUUGAGCACAUGCCCCGACAGAGGCCGACUAAUGUGCAUCUGCACAAAGUCAGGGCCCAUCAGAACCUCGACCUGAUCGCCCACGCUGACCUCCUUCCCGCUCUUGGGAACCACGCCGCAGAUGCAGCAGCUAAGGCUGCAGAACAGGAUGAUUUGCCAGGCCUUCGGGCGCAGCUUGACGGUGUCGCUCUGUGGCACCAGCAGCAAGAGGAGAACCUGUUUGCGUACUUCCAGUACCUCCUUGAGCUCACCAAGGCCGUGGCAAAACUGCGAAGUGACCACACCUCCUCCACUGACUAUGUGCAGGAUGAAUCUUCCUCUCUCAGCUCCCAACAGCAAUGGUUGGCACUACAGGACGGACAGGUGCAGUAUUCUACACCCUCACCGGGCCCUUCCGACUUGGCUCUGCGUCUGCAGCAGCAGUCAGCCUGGCCGCCUCGGUUCUUGCAUCUUCUCUAUGAUUGGAGCCUGCAAUUACAGUGGCCCGCACAGGAUGCAGCAAUUACUACACAUGCCCUCGCAGGCAUCACCUAUCUUGAACUUUUGGCCAACUUUGUGGUUUGUACAGGGAUGCUACCUCCUCUACAGCUACGACAAGGCAAGGUUCUCGGAUGGAUCGACCUGACCGACUCCGCAGGUAUCCUGCAUCCCGUCGUUCUUCGUGACGUGCUUUUGGGCUUUCUUGCAGCAGCAAAGUGUCUGGACAAGGCUCUCGGAUACUACUGCUGGCCAAGCCCCCGUCAUCAUCGGCUGCAUAGUUUGAGGAUGUUCGGUCACAGGGACGGCCGUAAAGGACUACUGCGUAGACCGCUGAUGCCCGCUGUUUCUGCAACUGGUCAACUAGUUGAAAAGCUGGUCAACGGCUGCUGUGGCGAGACUCUUAGGGAUUUUGCGCUUAACUGGCGCUCGCCGUCCUAA